AUGAAUCAGUUCAUACAAAUGUCAAUGAAAAAUAACAAGAAUCAAGAGGCAGCUAUAAAAAGUUUGGAAACUCAAGUGGGCCAACUGGCUAAACAACUUGCAGCUAAUCAAUCAAAUGCAACAUUCUCAGCCAGCACGCAAGAUAAUCCAAAAGAGCAUUGCAAAGCGGUGGUGACAAGGACUGGGAAAAAAGGAAGCAAUAAUGAAGUUGAAAGGAAUGUAGUUGAAGAUAAUACGGAAGAGGAAGCUGGAAAACAUGAUGGAGAAGAUGAAGAAUAUGAAAUUAUUAAUAAUAAUGCUGAAGAAGAGAAUGUGAAUAAAGAAGUUAAAAAGAAAGAAAAGCUGAAAAGAAAAAGCAGUAGAGAGAAGAUGGCAAGCAACGUGAUACCAAGUCAACAUUUGCCAUAUCCUCAUGCUCCAUCAAAGAAGGACCACGCCAGGCAAUAUGCAAGUGCUAUAAUAUCACGCCUUCCUCAAAAGGCAAGAGAUCCUGGAAGAGUCACAUUGCCGGUUACAAUUGGCAAUCAAAAUAUUGGGAAUGGAUUGAUCGAUUUAGGAUCAAGCAUCAAUUUAAUUCCUCUGUCAAUAGUGAAGCGGUUGGGAAAUAUUGAGAUGAAGUCAACAAGAAUGACUUUAUAA